UCAAAUUCCGUGCUUUGUCUUGCUUCCAUUUUUUUCGCUUCAGACACGAAGCCAUCGGGUCCUACUGUUUCUGAGUAACAUAACGCUACCGGUCCAAGAUCUCAUUCCAGAUGGGAUGGGACAGUAAGCAGCCGGAUUUCCUGUAACGACCGGCACUACAUGACAGCUUCGACACGCCACUCAAUUGGAAUCUGAGGCGUGCAAGACUCCAAGCGAACCCGUCACAUUGGCUGAACAAAGUAACCAGUCACAGUCAGCACUACCAUGUCUUCAGCCUCCCCUGUCCACGGCGCACUCGCCGGCCGGCUCCUCUCGCUCCACACGAACUCGCGCGAGACAUCGGAGACAUGGCGGCCGUGGAGACGCCAUCACCGGCGCGCGCCGCGGAUGGUGGCAAACUGGAGGAGGCCUCGGAAGCGAGGAGCUACUGGCGGUGGCGCAAGGACGACUUCUUCCCGGAGCCGUCGUUCGGGAGCUGGGCCGCCUACCGCGCGGCGCUGGCGGCGACCCCGGCCCGCCUCCGCGACCGCCUCGUCGGCCGCUCCACCGACGCGGCCGAGCUCGGCGCGCUGCGCCGGCGCAGCGAGAACGAGAUGCGCCGCUGCCUCACAUGGUGGGACCUCACCUGGUUCGGCUUCGGCUCCGUCAUCGGCGCCGGGAUCUUCGUGCUCACCGGCCAGGAGGCGCGAGACCACGCCGGCCCCGCCAUCGUGCUCUCCUACGCCGCGUCCGGCCUCUCCGCCAUCCUCUCCGUCUUCUGCUACACGGAGUUCGCCGUAGAGAUCCCCGUGGCCGGCGGCUCCUUCGCCUACAUCCGGGUCGAGCUCGGCGACGCCGCGGCGUUUGUCGCCGCCGCCAACCUCAUUCUCGAGAGCGUCAUCGGCAAGGCGGCGGUAGCGCGCUCCUGGACGUCGUACCUGGCCUCGCUCAUGAACAAGCCGGCGAGCGCGCUGCGGAUCCAGACGUCCCUUGCGGAAGGGUACAACGAGCUGGACCCCAUCGCGGUGGCGGUGAUCGCGGUCACCGCGGCCCUGGCCAUGGCGAGCUCCAAGGGCACCUCCCGCGUCAACUGGGUGGCCUCCGCCGUCCACGUGCUCGUCAUCGCGUUCGUCAUCGUCGCUGGGUUCAUCCACGCGAAUCCUCGCAACCUGAACCCGUUCAUGCCGUACGGCGUGCCGGGCGUGUUCCGGGCGGCGGCGAUCGUGUACUUCGCGUACGGCGGGUUCGACAAUAUCGCCACCAUGGCGGAGGAGACCAAGAACCCGCCGCGGGACAUCCCGCUGGGCCUUCUGGGUUCCAUGUCCGCGAUCACGGUCAUCUACUGCGCGAUGGCGCUGGCGCUGAGCAUGAUGCGGCCGUACACGGCGAUCGACCGGAGCGCGGCCUUCUCGGCGGCCUUCGGCAGCGUGGGGAUGCGGUGGGCGCAGUACGUGGUGGCGCUGGGAGCGCUCAAAGGAAUGACCACGGUCCUGCUCGUGGGUGUGGUCGGGAAGGCGCGGUACACGACGCACAUGGCGCGGAGCCACGUCAUCCCGCCCGUGUUCGCGCUCGUGCACCCCAGGACCGGCACCCCCGUGCACGCCACCGCGCUCGUCGCCGCCGCCAGCGCCGGCGUCGCGCUCUUCUCCAGCCUCAAGGUGCUCUCCAGCCUGCUCUCCGCCAGCACGCUCUUCAUCUUCAUGAUGAUGGCCACCGCGCUCCUGGUCCGGAGGUACUACGUGCCGGGCGUGACGACCCGGGCGCACGCGCUGCGGCUCACGGCGUUGCUGCUGCUGAUCAUCGGCUCGUCGAUCGGCAUCGCGGCGUGCUGGGGCACGUCGCCGGGGAGAUGGCAGGGGUACGUGGUGCUGGUGCCAGCGUGGGCGGCCGGCACGCUCGGCAUCCAGCUCCUGGUGCCGAUGGCCCGGACGCCCAAGGUCUGGGGCGUGCCGCUGGUUCCGUGGCUGCCCUCUCUCUCCAUCGCUACUAAUGUCUUCCUCAUGGGCUCGCUCGGCAAGGAUGCCUUCAUCCGCUUCGGCCUCUGCACCGCCGUCAUGCUGGUCUACUACGUGCUCGUCGGCCUGCACGCAACCUACGACGUCGCGCAUGGUGCGUGUGGCGGCGAGGAGGAUGAAGAGCUCCCAGGCCGCUGAUAAAAGAUAUGGUGGCCGCAGCUAGCAGAUGUGGAGAAGGCUGGUGCAUGAUGUAAGAAUAGAAGUAUGUUUUGAAUACCGGAUGAUGUGUGUUGAAUCUCGUAGGAACGUCUGUAUAGAGUAUGGGUGGCUGUGGUAGACAUAGGCUCCAGCUGCCUAGUCCAAAGCUGAUUAACCAAUAGAAGCCCACUAAAAAAUUGUAGCAAUAAAUCAUUUCUGGCUUUGCCCUCGAAAGGAGACUUCUAUAGUAAGAAAUUCUAAAUAUAGAGGUAAAAUUGUAUCAAAGAUGUUACACUCUCAGUCAAUCCUAACUAAUUCCAUCCUA